GUGUGCGAUCCGAUCAUCCGAUCGGCACUUGACUACCUAAGUGAAGAGUUUAGUUUUAAAUUAGCCACCACCACCUCCACAACUCGCACGGCACAGUUUUCGUUUUCAGCAUGUUCAGGGGUUUGUGCUUCGCGUCGGUCUUGACCCAUCGUCGGUUUACGUAACUUGGACUUGGAUGCCAUUUAUUUAUUUACGCGCUCUUCUUAUAACAAAAGGAGGAGAACAAACACAGGAGAGAGACGACGAUUAAUGAUUGUCCGUAGCUAGUUGUGGAUUGGCUCACAGCAUCCGGCCCUUUUGGCCGCCCCUUCGCCGCCUCCCAUCAUGGACGCCAGCUACGUACCCAACAAUCCCCAGUUCGGGCUCCAGUUCGAGUGCAACUGGUCGAACGGGACCCUUCAACAGGUAACCAACAAUAACAUAACCGGAAUUGGAGCGACUCAAGGUGGAACAGCAACAGCCGCUGCAGGAACGACAGGAACAUCGGGAACGACGGAGGACCGUUGGAGCGACUGUUGGAGCGACGACAUGGGAUCGUUUUCUUUGCCGCUUGACCUCGAACCGUUGCCCACACUGUUCAACAUCUCUCCGACUUGCGCCAACUCCCAACUGGCUCCCACCACCACCACCUACAAAACCUUGCGGCACGUUCCAGACCCAACCGCCGUUGAUAUUUCGCGAGAACAAACAACCGGGCGACGUGGCCGAUGUGCUCUUGUCACUGAAACACGCCGUCGUGCAUCCCGACCAGACGUCCCGACAGAGCGAUCAUCAGCAAUUGCAUCAGCAACUGCAGCAGCAGCAGCAGCAGCAGCAGCACCAUCAGCACCAACAGCUGUACCAUCCGCAAAUGCUGCUGUCGCCGGCCGGCGGAGGCGGCUACUGCGACCAACCGUUCCCGCAACAGAUGUUCCCCAGCAUGAGCGUGAACGUGUCGAUGAACAUGACCAUGCACGGCUACCAUCCCAAUUCGCACGGCUACCAUCCCGCCGCCGACAUCUCCUGUCCCCAGGUCCAGUGGAGUGCGACACCGCAGACUGCGAACUCCUCGCAGUACUCCGCAGGUUCGGGCCUGCUGAGUCCGGCUUACGGUGGCACGACUUACUCUUUCACGGCCGACUUCCGCCCGCCUCAAGACACCCCCGUGCUCGCCGCCUCCAGUUACAAACCGGUGCAGAUGUCGUUCUCUUCGCCGCGACGGCGACACAGCAUCACUCUGAUGGACGACGAGUGCCAGAAACCGAACGUGUGCCGGAUAUGCGGAAAGAGCUACGCGCGUCCCAGCACCCUGAAAACGCACCUCCGCACACACUCGGGCGAGAAACCGUACCGAUGCGUCGAUUGCAACAAGUCGUUCUCGCAAGCGGCCAACUUGACGGCCCACGUGCGCACCCACUCCGGGGAAAAGCCGUUCCGGUGUCCCGUCUGCGACCGGAGGUUCUCCCAGAGUUCCUCCGUCACGACCCACAUGCGCACCCACUCCGGAGAGCGGCCCUACAGAUGCAGGCUGUGCAAGAAAGCCUUCUCGGACAGCAGCACGCUGACGAAACACCUGAGGAUCCACAGCGGCGAAAAACCGUACGAGUGCAAAUUGUGUUUGCUCAGAUUCAGUCAGUCGGGGAACCUCAACAGACACAUGAGGGUGCACGGAACGGGAGCGGCAGCGGGCAACGGGAUGCCGCCGUGACACACGCACUCUCUGCUUCUCUGAGUUACUUUCCCUCCACACUCUCUUCGUUCCGCAAAAACAACGAACCUUUUUUGAUCUUUGAAUGGCAACGGAACGUUCUGUGUGCGAAGUGUUCAGCUAAUCUACAACGAGUUUGUAUCGAAACCUUUAUGACAAAUAUCUACCAAAGAACAAGUAUUAUUACGGACUAGUCAUUUUUAAAUACAUACAUAUAUAUGUCUGUGUUGAUAUUUUUAAUAAAUACUAACAUUAAAACCGUCA